AUGAACGGCAUGGAUCAUGUAGGCAACUGCCUCAAAUUUAAGACGAAAUUCUUCUUCUGUUGCGGCUUGACGGCCGUGGCGCUGCUUCUGCUGCACGUCAUCGGCCGACAAACUGCACUACUUAGCAUUGCUGUGCGUUCGCCGCCGCCGUCCGUAAUGCGAAUAGACUCCCUGGGCGUCUUCAGCGAGCCCGAGCUGACAGCGUUCGUGGAGGCGCUGCGGAGUAGCUCCUUGGAAGAGAUCCACAAGACACAUCUCGGCUCGUGGGCAGCGAGGAAAGGACUCAACAACAUCGGCACCCUCAGUAAUGGGGACAAGGUCCUGAUGAAGGAGAGGGGCAAUAGCUACCAAAUGCAGUCCGAACUAUUCUCGUACUACCUCAACUGCUACCUGGAGCUAUGGAACGCUCCGCCAACUGCCCUGGGCUGCGCCAGCAAAAUAAACGGGAAAAUGAUGCUCGCGGCUCCCAUGGGUGGGGCUCCGGAAGGCACCAGCUACGAUGGAGCCGAGAACUCGACUUGCUUCAUAAUCUACAAGUACGUGGAGGGCCUGAAAGACACCGUCUACAUGCCCGACCACGCUACCAGCCUGGAGGCCGUCUCCAGGUCCCCGCGGGAGCUGAACCGCCUGCUGGAGUGGAGCGACCUCAUCCUGUUCGAUUUUCUGACUGCACACGGGGACCGGCUCCUCGACAAUAAUCUCCAGCUAGCCCCGCACGUGGACUUCAUCGUGCCGCUGAAGAGAGUGUCGAAUCUUGCCAAGUCCUCCACGGGGGAGCUAGUGCUCAUCGACCACGAAGCCACCUUCCACAGAAGCUACGCAAAGGCCAGAAUUAGCUCAGUGAUGAGAGGAAGGCUGCUUUACUACCUGAGCACCGUGUCAGUGUUCCGGAGGCGCACGCUGGAGAGAGUGUGCUGGCUAUGUGCGCAGAGUGACCCUGCCGCCGUUCUAGAAGACUACAUAAGUAAACACGACCCAGACUCUCUCCUCAUAUCCUCUGGACUGGAACCAGAGGACAGAACAGAGCUCAAAGAGCGUCUGUUGCAAGUUUGCAGCAAUACUUGCCACUUACUCAAGCAUUAG